GCAGGCGGGCAGGCAGCAAAAGACAAGGAAGGAGCCGAGGGAAGAGGGCAGCUCCCGGGCGAGAGAGGCAGCGGCAGGCGCGCUCUCUGCCACUCACCGCACCGCGAGCCCGGCCGAGCGCAGGGGGCGGCGAGGGGGGACGCCGGAGGGGCCGCUUGCUCCGCAGACGGCAUGCUGCUCCUGAGGAGAACUGGGCUCCUCCCGCUCUGCCUAGGCGCGCUCUUCCUCUCCGCCGGGCUGGCUUGCGGGCCGGGCCGGGGCUUCGGCAAGAGGAGGCACCCGAAGAAAUUGACCCCUUUAGCCUACAAGCAGUUCAUCCCCAACGUGGCCGAGAAGACGCUGGGCGCCAGCGGCAGAUACGAGGGCAAGAUCAGCCGGAACUCGGAGCGCUUUAAAGAGCUGACCCCCAAUUAUAAUCCGGACAUUAUUUUUAAGGACGAGGAGAACACGGGAGCCGACCGGCUGAUGACCCAGCGCUGCAAGGACAAGCUGAACGCGCUGGCCAUCUCCGUCAUGAACCAGUGGCCGGGCGUCAAGCUGCGCGUCACCGAGGGCUGGGACGAGGACGGUCACCACUCCGAGGAGUCGCUGCACUACGAGGGCCGCGCCGUGGACAUCACCACCUCGGACCGGGACCGCAGCAAGUACGGCAUGCUGGCACGCCUGGCCGUCGAGGCCGGCUUCGACUGGGUCUACUACGAGUCCAAGGCGCACAUCCACUGCUCCGUCAAGGCCGAAAACUCAGUGGCUGCCAAAUCGGGGGGCUGCUUCCCUGGAUCCGCCUGGGUGAAUUUGGAAGGAGGAGGCACAAAGCUGGUGAAAGACCUUCGUCCUGGUGACCGAGUGCUGGCAGCAGAUGGGCACGGACAGCUGUUCUACAGCGAAUUCCUAGCCUUCCUGGACCGAGAGGACCCGCCUGUUCACAAACUCUUCUAUGUGAUUGAGACCCGAAGACCCCAGGCCCGCCUCUUGCUCACCGCUGCCCACCUGCUGUUUGUGGCCCCGCCGCAGAACCAUUCCCAUGCCCAAGCCCAAGCCCAGCCUGUCUUUGCCAGCCGCGUGCAGCCUGGACAACAGGUCUACGUGCUGGGCCAUGGGGGCCAGACGCUGUUACAAGCGGCAGUGCACAGCGUGUCCCUGCAGGAGGACGCCUCGGGGGCUUAUGCCCCACUCACCGCUCAGGGCACUAUUCUCAUCAACCAGGUGCUGGCUUCCUGCUACGCUGUCAUUGAGGAACACAGCUGGGCCCACUGGGCGUUUGCGCCUUUCCGCAUUGCUCAUGCGCUCCUGGCAAUGCUGAAUCCUGAGGGUCUCUCCUCUCCUCUCCUCUUUCCAGCUGCUGCAUCUGAAGAGGGUUCCUCUUUGGCUGGCGUCCACUGGUACUCCCGCUUCCUCUACCACAUUGGCCGCUGGAUUUUGGAUUCUGAGACGAUGCACCCAUUGGGCAUGGCCAGCUGAGAGUGACAGCUGGUGAGCUCUACUUAUACCCAUCUGAAGAUUAAAAUAAUACCAAUGGGGCAGGGGGAACUAAGAUGAAGAAGAAAGAAGGAAGGAAGGAAGGAAGG